AUGGUCAAGAAAUCGGAUCGAGCAUCCGGUGAAGAAAAGUGUUGCGCAAAAAUCGACAAGCUUUACACGGAAGUUCUUCAUUUAGUCACCUCGUAAGUUCUAUCUGACUAUAUUUAUAUGAAGAUCAAAACUUUCAUCAAAUUUUUCUUCAGUGUCGAGAAAGGAAGUGGUUCGGAGCUGACGACUCGUCUCAGAAACGUGGAAGCUGGCGUCGAAGCCUUGAAGGAGCACAUUCGAAGUAUUCCAAACACUAACGUCAACGAAAAUCGUCAGCGAGAGCAAAUCGCGUCGUUAUACAGGUUCUUUUUAGUUUUCAGAGAGUUUUUGAAAGAAUUGUACAGAUUUGACUUUCAGACAAAUAAAGCAGAAAGAUGAGCUCCUCAAGUCCCUUGCCAGCAGCGACACCUUUGCAAUCCCCGAAGGUAGUUUUUGUUUCCGCCAUUUGUUAGAAUGUUCGGAAAGUCCUAAACAUUUUUUGCCAAAAAAUAAAUUUUGCGGCCAUAUUGUUAGGAAAUUUCCAAAAACUUGAAAUGGAGGUUAUUUUAGGAGAUGCAGAAAGUUCCAAGAGCGAAUGA